UCUUUUUAUAGAAAAUAGAGCUCAGUAGCAUUAUAACUGUGAUAAAAGAUGUUACUUUUCAUCCUUUUUUGCCCGAAUUGAGUGUUUAAUACAAUUUGGACCAACUUAUCUGGGCACCGCCGGCACAAUCGAUCGUAACGAUGUCUCACGGCACCAACCACGGGAAGCUGCUCCUGCAACGCUUGCAUCAGCAGCGGGAAAUGGACUUCCUCUGCGACGUCACCAUCAUGGUGCGAGACGUGGAGUUCCGGGCUCACCGCAACAUCCUGGCGGCGUUCAGCAAAUACUUCUCCUCGCAGGCCGAGAAGGGCCAGGACGUCACCACCUUGGACCCAGACAAAGUCAGCCGUUAUGCGUUGGAGAAGCUGCUGGAGUUUGUCUACACAGGACAGAUGAACCUUAGCAGCACCCGACAAGCUGCAGUCCGCCGAGCCGCCAUUUACCUGGGAAUGUCCGACGCCACGAAGUAUCUGGAAGAAAUUUCCCACUUUUCCGAAGUCAGCGAGGCGUCCCAGCCCGAGUUGGACAAAGAGGCAGGCGUUUCUUCGCUCAGUCCAAGCACCCCCCACAGUAAUCAUUCCCCCGUCCCGCUAUCCAUCGUCUCUGUGACGGGAACGUGGGCGGAUGAGGCCCCUGAAGUUCCGCAAAACCAGGAAGGUCAGGAAAACCAGGAAUGCCCCGAUGGUCAAGAGAGCGAAGCCGCCGCCUUGGACUUGGAUUCAGGAAUUCCGGGGUGCGAGCUCGUGGAGCCCAGCAACACGGUCGACGAGACCACUCCGCAAACGGUCAACAGGGGGAGGGGCCGGGGGCGCGGGCGAGGUCGGGGCAGGGGACGGGGAAGAGGAGGGAGAACUGUCGUUAAGACUGAAGAAGACCUCCAGGAAGAUUCCGACACCAGCGUCAAGGACUUCGGGGAUACGUCGGCCGACUGGAGCCCCUCGCGGGAAGAACCGCCCGCCAAGAGGCCCCGUUUCGGGGGGCGCGGCCGAGGCCGAGGUAGGGGCCGGGGGAGAGGCCGCGGCAGAAGCAAACCGGACGACGAGGACGACUUUAGUGGCGAGGAAGGGGCAGAGGGCGGAGAGAAGGACCCUGCGGCCAGCGCUGAAGACACAACACGCUCCUGCAUUGAGUGCAACAGGGUGUUCAAAGAUGCGGCCAGUCUGCGCAGACACGAGCAGAUCCACGCCGGCCUCAAACCCUUCGUCUGCAUCUUCUGCUCAAAAACUUUCAGGCAGGCCACGCAGCUCAAAACUCAUCUGCGCACGCACACAGGAGAGAAGCCCUUCAGCUGCGCCAACUGCGAAAAGUGUUUUGGGCAAAAAUGCCAGCUGGUGGCCCACCGCCGCAUGCACCAUGGUGAGGAGAAGCCGUACACCUGCGAGCGCUGCGGCUUCAAAUUCGCCACUUCGUCCAACUACAAAAUCCACGUCAGGCUCCACAGUGGCGAGAAGCCAUACGUGUGCGAUGUGUGCGGCCAGGCCUUCGCCCAGUCCAGCACUCUCACCUACCACAAGCGGCGGCACACGGGCGAGAAGCCAUAUCAGUGUGACCUGUGCGGCAUGUCCUUCUCAGUCUCAUCCUCGCUCAUCGCUCACGCACGCAAGCACACAGGCGAAACGCCGUACAAGUGCACCCACCCGCAGUGCGAGAGCAGCUUCGUCACGUCAUCUGAACUAAAGAAGCACAUGCGGCGUCUCCACCCGGAUGGAACCAACGGCGUGCAGUGCCUGCUUUGUGGGAAUCGCUUCGCCAGCGUGAAGAAUAUGAUCAAACACCAGGAGAAGGCGCACGCCGACGAAGUGCGACAACACAAAGAAAGAGCGCGGGCCGUGGUCAUGCUGGCAUCCAGCCAUCCGGUAGCCUUUGUGCAGAGCAAACUGAGCAAAGACGGCAAGAGUCUCAGCUCCAUACCAGAAACGGAGCCGGCCAACCCGGAACCGGCCAUGCCUCAGGCCGCCGGCGAAAGCGAAGGGAGCGUUGCCGGCAGCGGCCCGUCUGACGCCGUCGCCCUGAGCGACACGCUGCAAGAGUUGAAGGUGGAACCCAGCCACACUCCCAUCAACCGAGCCGACACGGGGGCCUUCGAAGCGGACCCAGUGUCCACCAUCAACUCGGAAACGCUGCAUGCUCUGGUGGAGCAGCUGAGGCCGCCACCAUCGCCGGCGCAAAGUCUGGAGCAGAUCGUCAUCAUCCGCACGGUGGACAACACGGAACACAACGCGCAGCCACCGACUCAGUGAUGCGCUUCCUUACUAAUAGAUAAAACCUGUCUUACUUCUGAAUACUACUUUUUACUUAUUGUUGUACUAGUGAGAAAGAAAAGUGUACUAGUGCAUAGAUAUUACGCCAUGUUGAAUCGAUGCUCAAGCAUUUUUUCAUAAAUCACUUGUGCUUGGUUGCUUUCUUAAUGUAACCCAUAAAUGAAAUAAUUGGAUCUAAAGUCAAACCUCAUGUGACGAUCCCAAACGACAGUGGAACAUUCCCAUUGGAAAUAGACGUGGUGUUAUUGUGCUUUUUCACCUUUUGCUGACACCUAAUGUAUUCUUUUGUAUUUUAUUUUGAUGAACUCAAACUCACACUGAUGAACUGUAUAAAAAUAUGAUUUUCCUCAUGAAUGGACAAAAACUAACAAUAAAAGUGAUUCAACAGAACUAUAUGUGGAUUUUUUGUCUGUU